CCCUUGCUUUGUCUUGCUUGUGCAUCUUUCUGCUCGCUCCUUCUGUCAGCAGAGCAUCUUGUGUUCCUCUGCAGUGACAAACAGAGGCUGGACGUGUGCUGGAGCGGCACAGCGGGUCCAAAGCUGCCCGUCACGCACGGCAGCGGGGAUGGCGUCUGUGUGCGUCGGGCAGCAUCCUGUCCGCAAACUCGGAGGAAGCAGAAGCGCCGCGGUGGAGAGGAGGAACCUGCUGACGGUGUGCAGAUUUUCAGUGAAGACUUUGCUGGAUCGCUCCUGUUUUGAAACAAUAGAUGACUCGUCUCCAGAGUUCAUUAACUUUGUUUCCAUUUUGGAGCACAUCCUCGGUCAUCGAUUUAAAGGUCAGACAACUUGGUUUGGCUACGAGAGUCCUCGAAGUUUCUGGGAUUACAUAAAAGCUGCCUGCAGCAAAGUACCCCAUAACUGCAUUCGAAGCAUAGAGAACAUGGAAAAUGUGCGGCCAUCAAGAGCAAAGGGCAGGGCAUGGAUCAGAGUGGUCCUGAUGGAGAAGCGACUGUCAGAGUACAUCUCUUUUGCCCUAAGAGACCUCAAAGCCACCAGGAGGUUUUAUGAGGAGGGAGCAAUCAUGCUGGGAGAGGAGGCCGGGCUGCUGGCAGACACUCUGAUUGGGCUCAACACCAUUGAUUUCAGCUUCUGUCUGAAAGGGGAGGGGCUGGACGGCUGCUGUCCCGCUGUGAUCGACUACACGCCUUACCUGAAGUUCAGACAGAAGGCCGACAGCAUCAGCAGCGACGAGGAGGAAAUGAGGACUCUGGGUAGCAGCGGCAGUGAAAGCAGCACCCCAGACAAAACGGCAACGGCUGCGUCCAUCUUCACCGAGCAGAGCAACUUGGUCAGCAAGUGCAAGCGCUUUGAGCAGAAGUACCGCAUGGCUCUGGAGCAGAAGGACUACCUGGAAGAGCUGGUCCGUUUACGAGAAGCCCAGCUGUCGGAGGCCGUGUCUCAUAACAAGACACUUCAGCAGGGCCUGGCAGACACACACCUCUCCCACACGCUGGAGAAGGAACAGCUGGAGUACAUCAUACUGGAACUGCAGGACCAGCUGACUGUGCUAAAGAACCACGACUUGAGGUCCAGACAAGAGUUAACUACCCAUUUAACCAAUCAGUGGCCAUCUCCUGAUGCCUUGGAUACCAAUGCCGUUGCCUUGGAUACGCUGCUGUACAGAAGGAGUCCAGGACAGCGGGAAGAGCAUAGCUUCCAGACUCUAGAGCAGCUGUCUGCUGACAUGAGCCUCUCUCAGCCUUCUCUCAGAGCAGCUCACACUCUGACUCUGGAGGCCAGGUCAGCCAGCGCACAGUGGCUGCAUCAAGGUAAGGAGGAAACUCCAUCCCUGAGAGGUCUGUGUGGCUCCCUAACAUCAGUCACCAGCUACAAGUCUUUGGCCAGCUUGAAGUCUAACGAGUGUUUGGCCAGUCCUGCGACAGAGAUCAGCACUCCAGACAUCAGUCCUUCAUAAGGGAUGAAAAUGCUCCAAGCGCAUUCUCAGCAGGGACUUUAUCCAUGUCUGCAAUGCUUGUUUCCCCUUUUCUGUUUUUAACCCUGGAAAAUCCACAGGGUCAAAUUUGGCUCCUGUUUUUUUUCUUUUUAAUUAUUUAUUCGUUUUUUAUAUUUUUUGGCUGUUAUUAAUUGUUGCUACCCAGAAUGAACAAACAGAAAAGUCAAAUUAUAUUUAAAAGCCCAUAGGAACAUUGUUGCCGGGUUCUCCAGGGUGAAGGAUCUAUCCCAGGUUUGGAGGAGAGCUGGAAAUCUAGUGUAGCGUGUGUUUGACCGGAUAAUGUUUUACUGGUGUACAGAUGAGAAAAACAACGGGGAAGAUCUAACUGUAACUUUAACAGCAUGUGUGUAAAUUAGUUGAGUCUGUGUGACGACGUCCCGUCUUAAAUCUGAAGAGAGGAGACUCUCAUGUUUCAUUUGAAUGUUUCAAAUGUUUUAAAAGCCUUAGAUGUUGCCUGCUUCCUGCAGUCACACAGAAAAAUAUUUAUUCUCUUCUGGAUUCAGUUAGGAUGCAAACCUUCAUCAGUUUUAUUUAUCCAGUUUUUGCUUCACGUACUGAAACUCGUUUUUGUUCUCAGGUAAAAUCCUACUUAGUGUUUGUGUUCCCUUUAAAAAAACGUAAAAUGCAGUAUUUCAUUCACAGGUCUUUGCAUCAAAUCUGUUCAAUAACUUAUUCUAAGACUCUGCAAUAAGUUACCUUUUAGAUCAGUUUGUGGUGAAGCACACAGUAGUCUCAAUUUGCACAACAGAUGUUUUCUCUGAUCUUUAUUUUCUUUAAAAGUUUUAUUUAAAAUAAACUUCACUUGGUUUGA